CCACCUCCUCCCUCUCAGCGAACCAAGCACCUUGCUUUGAUUGACGACGCGUUUGACGGGGUUGUCGACACGUUGGACAAUGAGCUGAGGCUUAGGCUAGGGGUCCAAGGUUUGUGUUCAACACUGAUGCAUCCUUCUCUAUCGAAUCGAGAGAGGGGUAGAUAAGAGUACUUCAUACCCUUGCAAAAACCCAUCAGAAUCAGGACAAUCUAUCCCGGCCGUCAUUCGGCAUCUUCCUCAAGAUGAAAUAAUACAGGAGGCACUGACGACAGCCUUGUACGCGACAUCACUCGAACCCCCGAGGUACUGAGGCCAGAAGUUGUUAAGUGCUCGUUGUCCCUGAGUCCACCAAUCCUCCAUUCGACUCUUCACUAGAGAUCCUCUUCUCAUUCCACAUCGAUAAAACUCAUCCAUCCAUCACACCACUCGCCAUGGGCAACGAGGACCUCAAGGUCGUCUCUGAUGACUUGGACCCCACCAUCUCCCUCGAAGACGCCAAGUCAGUCAGCAGCGACGAUGCUCUUCUCAUGUCCAUGGGCAAAAAGCCCGAACUCAAGCGUGUCUAUAACUUCUGGACUCUCUGUGCCUACCAGAUUAUGAUCAGUUGCAGCUGGUCAUGCCUAGUCGUUUUAUACUCGACCAUCUUUGACAUCGGCGGACCUUUUUGCUUGAUAUGGGGCACUCUCUUUGUUGCCGUUGGUCAAACCCUCUUGAUGAUGUCCUUAGCGGAAUAUUGCAGCAUCUGGCCCACCGCCGGAGGUCAACAGUACUACACCCAAGCUGUCGCCACCGGCAAAUAUCGCCCUGUUCUUUCGUAUCUCGUCGGCUGGGCCGUCCUUGUUGGUGAAAUCUCUACCGGUUCUAGUUGUGCUGUCAACAGUGCUGCCAUCGUGGCAGCAUUUGUUGAAGUCACCCAUCCUGAUAUUGUCUGGCAGCCAUGGAUGACAUGGCUCAUCUACAGUGGUUUCCUCAUCGCGCCAAUUUUGAUCAACCUGCGACAAACGUGGCUUCCUGCUAUGAAUCUGUUCGGUGCAGUCUUCACCAUCGCUGGUGGUCUGGCCUGGGCCAUUGUCUUUGGUAUCAUGGCCCCGAAACAUGAUGCAAGCUUCAUCUUUACCAAGUUUAUCAACAACUCGGGCUACACCAGCAACGGCUGGGUAUUCAUCAUGUCGUUCUACUCGCCGAUGUAUGGUCUCUACGGCACCGAUGGUAUGAUGCAUCUAGUGGAGGAGAUGAGAGAUGCUUCCAAGGAAGCUCCACGCGUCAUGGUCUGGUCCAUGCUGUUUUGCUCUGUCACUAGCUGGCUGGCCGCACUGCUCCUGUUGUGGACAGCAGGCAACUGGGAAGAUUACAUGUCAGAAGCUCAACCAUAUUUGAACUGGUUCAUGGAUGUGACUGGAUCAGUCUACGGUGGGGGGAUAUUCUGUGCUGUCAUCAUGAUGGGGUUGAACUUCUUCAUCAUUGUCGGCACCAACAACGCCGGGUCUCGUCUUGCCUGGAGUAUGGCUCGUGACAAGGCAUUUCCUUAUUCGGAAUACUUUGCCCAUAUCAGCACCAGAUUCCAUAUUCCAUUGCGGACUAUGGUUGCCAUCCUAUGCAUUGACCUUGUUAUCGGCCUCAUCCUCCUCGGAAACGACCUUGCAUUCGAAUCCAUCAUCUCCGGCGGCGGCGUGACACUCCAAGUUGGCUAUGUCACUCCAGUCAUCAUCGUCCUGAUCCGUGGCCGCAAAAUUCUUCCCCCACGACCAUACUUUGACCUGGGACGAUGGGGGUACGCGGUCAACAUCAUUUCGGUCUGCUGGUCACUUCUCAUCAUCACCAUGUACCUGUGUCCGUUAUACGUGCCGGUGACAAUAGCGACCAUCGACUACAUGAACUGGAGUUGUUUGAUUGUCGGGGCGACGAUCCUGUUCCCUGGUAUAUACUGGGUUUGGCGAGCUCGACAUCGCUACAUCAAGGAAAGCAACUCAGUUCUAGAAGACAACGUUGUCAUAAUUGACGGAGUGGCCAUAUCUGGCGCGGCAGCACUAAGGAAGGCCGCCAUGGCGGCUUCGCAAUGAUGUGACAAGCAUAUUGUGGAAGGCAUGUGUGGUGGAUAGGCCAGGACCAGCCCAUGAGCCGUCAUUGUUUAGAAAGCGUGUUUUAAUACCCGGAUAGUGCACAUUCUUUAGACCAUUAAAAACAAAUAACAUACUAUCAGUGUCA